AUGCGAAUAACAGCAGCCGAACCCGGAAAGGUCAACUUCGAACUCGACAUUGAAAAGCAUCACACAAAUCGACUGGGGAUCUUGCACGGCGCGACGCUGGCUGCGAUGGUCGACACCGGCGGGUCCCUCGCCGUCGCUUCUCGUGGCCUAUACUCAACUGGAGUGUCGACGGAUUUGAGUGUGACAUACCUCAACUCGGGCGGCAAAAUAGGCGAUUUGGUCAAGGGCGAAGUGAUCUGUGACAAAUUCGGCAAGACCCUUGCCUAUACCACGAUCAAGUUCAUGAACAAGAACCAUGAAAUCGUCGCCCGAGGCAGCCACACCAAAUUCGUUGCGGUUGCUUGGAAGGACGAGAAGAACAUUACGGAUCAGUUGAAGCCGAAAAUCAAUGAGUCACAAGCCAGCGAAGCAACCCGGACGAGCUUCUGA